GGUUCCCUUAUGGGUGUGGUGACGAGAUUGCUUGUGAAAAUUGACUCUCAGCUCGCGUGAGGGCUGCGUGGCCCUUUAAAUGUGUUUAAAAUUGACUUCCAAUUAAUCGAGCUGCUUUUAAAUUUAUCUGUGCGCUUAUCAACAUGCCAGGGAUCUGAAAGGAGCUGAAUUUGCCCAAACCAGCCUGAUCAGGUCCAGCAAGUUGUUGUCUAGGGUGUAGGUCAAACAGGAACAAUGAGUGAGUUGGAACAGUUGCGUCAGGAAGCGGAACAGCUUCGCAACCAGAUCCGGGAUGCUAGAAAAGCCUGCAGUGACUCCACACUUUCGCAGAUGACAGCGAGCCUGGACUCAGUGGGGCGGAUCCAGAUGAGAACGAGACGCACACUCAGAGGUCAUCUCGCAAAAAUCUACGCCAUGCACUGGGGCAGCGACUCCAGGUUACUUGUCAGUGCCUCCCAAGACGGCAAACUGAUCAUAUGGGAUGGUUAUACGACAAACAAGAUGCACGCCAUUCCCCUGCGCUCUUCCUGGGUCAUGACCUGUUCGUACGCCCCGUCAGGGAACUACGUGGCCUGUGGAGGCCUGGACAACAUCUGCUCCACCUACAGCCUUAAGACCCGCGAGGGCAACGUCCGGGUCAACCGAGAACUGGCCGGACACACAGGUUAUCUGUCUUGCUGUCGUUUUCUUGAUGACAAUCAGAUCAUCACCAGCUCUGGCGACACCACAUGUGCAUUGUGGGACAUUGAGACGGGCCAACAAACCACCAGUUUCACAGGACACACGGGCGAUGUCAUGAGUCUGUCGGUCAGUCCCGACUCAAAGACAUUCGUGUCCGGGGCCUGCGAUGCCUCCGCUAAGCUGUGGGACAUCAGAGAUGGGAUGUGCAGGCAGUCUUUCACUGGCCACGUCUCCGAUAUUAAUGCCGUCUGCUUCUUUCCGAACGGAAAUGCCUUCACAACAGGUUCAGACGACGCCACCUGCAGGCUGUUCGACCUGCGCGCAGAUCAGGAGCUGAUGAUGUAUUCUCACGACAACAUCAUCUGCGGCAUCACCUCCGUGGCCUUCUCCAAGAGUGGACGCCUCCUGCUGGCCGGCUACGACGACUUCAACUGCAACGUUUGGGACACUUUAAAAGGCGAACGUGCAGGUGUCCUGGCCGGUCACGACAACAGGGUGAGCUGUUUAGGAGUGAAUGACGAUGGGAUGGCUGUGGCCACGGGAUCAUGGGACAGUUUCCUUCGGAUCUGGAACUGAGAGCGUAUUAAAAAAAUCUCCAGGUCCAGUUUCCUUCCGUCCCAUUUCUACGUCUUUCCACAGCAAGUCCUCUGUAUUCCAGUUAUUACACAUGAUUUUCAGUAUCUAGUUCAAUCCCGUGGAAAAGCCAAUCGUCACCGCCGGCCACAGGAAUCAUAAUACGAGAUUAUUAAAGUGUCAUUGUGUAAUAUGUAAAUAUACAUGUAUAUGAAUAUAGAUAUGGUAUAUAUGUACAGCAUUAUGUGUAUGUAUAUACCAUAUAGUAUAUACAUACAUAGUGUUCAUGUAUAUAUUUUUCUAGUUGAUCAUUGGCCCAUGACAUUUUUAUUAAUCUUUCUCUCUUUUUUUGUAUUUUACUUUAAUUUGUGUACAUAGAAAACAACGCUAAACUAGACGGAACGUUGCGUAUUGCAGUCUGUAUUACAAAAAGUUUGUGAAUUUAUGGAGGUUUUCAUACAUUGGACAACAAAAGCGUAAAAGCAGCUUAUUUUUUUUCUUUACACGCCACUAAAUCAAUCAUUUAUUGGUGUUUGGAACGAAGGCACUGAAUUUUCUCAGCCUUGAGAUUGAAUGUUAGAUUCGAAGCAUCGUGACGCCUUGUUUUUAGGAGUCUUGCUUUUGAUUGAUAAUGAAAUUUAUAAUGUCGCUGCCCUUGAACUUUAGCCUUAAUGCUAGUGAUCACAACAGAACUAAUCCUAGUAUAUCAAUUCAUAUUUUGGUGCUUACAAAGGAAAUCUGUGCUUUCGAAUUAAUUCAUAACACUUGCUUUUUUCGGAUUAGAAAUGGCCACAAAACCUUCUCUUAAAUGUUUUAACGUUGCAGUGUUACAAAGAUGGAGCAUACUGAAAGUAUAUAUAAUAUUUUUGUGUGCAUCAUAGUUGAUUAGGAGUCAUUUGAAUGCUGAGACUGUGUUUCUCAGUUUUAGCAUGUAAAUGUGUGCAAACAGGUGGAGAUGAAGAACACUACCUGGUCAGGAUGAUUUCACUGCUCACUCAGUCACUAUAUUUGGCUUAUUUUUUUCUGUGGAUAAAAAAAAAAAUGUAGAUCAGAGCAAUGAAGCUUCGCCAUAUUUAUAAGUGCCAUCGGUUCUGACAGUAUGUCUCUGUGUGUGUUGAGGCUGUUUGAGAUGUGUGUCAGUAACCAGCUUGAUAUCUUUUACCUUAACAAGCCUGAUUAAAAAUGAUAUUUGUGCCAUUGUUAACACCUCAUAUAACUGUGAAUAGAAUUUAAAAUCUUUCUCUUCGCCUUUUUUAUAUAAAAGGGAAUUGGAAAGUGGCUUGAAAUUAUGUUGAGGUAUUUAAGUGUAUUUUGUCCUUUUACAGUAUGAAAAUCCUUUUUAGCAUAAAACCAUUACACACUUUAAAAUUAAUUUAGGGUUUAAAAAGUUUUUUUUUGUUGUUGAUAUUUUUUGAUGUCUUUAAUAGCAAUGUCUCAUUUAGAAAUCACUUUGAAUUCUACUAUUAAACGGGAAAUUUGUCUGCUGGUAUUAUCUGUAUUGGUUAGAAUUUAAUUCAGAUUUCUAUUGUUGGUAAUGUAGAGGUUGAAAGAUUGCCAAUCCACGGUUGUUUUAUGAUGGUCAUGUUGAAGAUUUGACUGGUUGGUUCCCGGAUCAGCAGAAAUGGACAGGUAUAACAUCUAACCGUCUUUAUCCUUGGCUAAUGGAGUCCUUUGGGCUUUAAUGAAAAACAUUGACAUUGAAACGAGUUUGGAUUUUAUUUCACAUUAUUUCCAAAACAUGCCAAACCACUCAAACUCUGCAACAAAAGGGUAUUUUGCAUGUUAGAACCCCAAUGCUUUAAGUAUUCAUAAUAUACUUUUGGCUCAUUUGUAUGCUACAUUACCUUUUUCUUUGAGCCAAUAAAGCCAGGACUGUGGUGCCUGGUAUAGACUUUCACAGUGCCAUGUUUUCAAAAAAUCAAUUUUAAUAACAUUUUUUUUCCUCAAUUUUUUUUGGUAUUUGUAAAGUAACAUGGUGAUAAAGCUGCCAUACACUGAUAUUGUAACCAAUAAAAAGACUUUUAACCAUA